GACAGACACAUGUGCGGAUGAACCGACUUCUUCUCAGCUUGGCUCUGCUUCAAGUCAAGCAGAAUGAUGAAGGUUCUGCUGCUGGCUCUUGUUCUCACCCUGGUGUUGGCGAAUGGAUCUGCCCUGAAAUGUUAUAACUGCGUCCCCGGCACCCCUGGAGGAAGUUGUGUGACCACUCAGGAGACGUGUGGCUAUAAAAAAGACACCUGUGUGUCUGCCAGAUUCACCAGCUCUCCCUAUUCUUACUUCCGGAGGUGCAUUAGCAUGGCAGACUGCAUGAUUCUUCAGUCCAGCCCCUAUAUUAAAGCCAACUGCUGUCAGACGGAUCUGUGCAACACCCCGGUCUAGGGUGACCACCUUGUUAUUGCUCUGUUUCAGGUCAGCAGAUGUGAUUUUGCGGGAGUGAUAACUUGUAGACUACUAGAUUUGUUUUAGAUGGAAAGAAUAUUUGUUAUGCUUUAAAAACGCCACUAAGCCUUAUCCAUCUUAUUUCACACUGCUCAA